AUGACUCUGUCGUUUUUCUGUAAUAAGCGGCAAUGUGAGGCUGCAAGGAUCACAAUAUCGGAUGUUUCCUGGCUAAACAGACAAAAACGAGAAGCUGGCCGUUUUCCGGACAAGGCAAGGAUUCGGAUAUCAUUUGAUAGUCGUCUGAUUGAUUUCGACAUUCAAAGAACUUACCCUGCGGGGUUUGCGCCUCGAGUGUUCGUGAAGAGAGAAGGGGCAAUAGUUCAGAAUCCUUAUCAAAUGUUGCAAGCGGGUAUCUACCAGGAUGUGUCACAUGGGGGAGCGUUCCUAUUAUGUCAUCGCUCCGCUAAUCGCUCCAUCGAGAGCCCGGAUGAGUCGAGAGAUGCGUUCGAAAUCUUUGGAUCGUUCCAUGCCGACAACGACCAGUUUGUGGUGCAGCCAAGUCCCGACAAUGUGAAGGGUCACAUGGUGUCCAAGAUAGCAAAUGAGAAGCUUUUUUUCGACAGCACAAAACCACAAGACUAUACAUAUAAGGCCGGACUCUUGGAAUCAGCAGCUCGUCAACACUUGAGAUUCAGACGCCAGACAAAGAAAUAUGAAAUCGAGUUACUCUCUGUAGUGGACUACAAUUCCUACUUGUUCUGGUACAAUCUGACAGCCGGCUCCUCGGACAGACACACAGACACAGUGGCCAACAUCAUGGAGUACAUGACCUAUAUGGUCAGCGCUAUUGACGUGCGGUACCAGUCGAUCAGUGGAGAGCCGUUCACCAUAUCCGUACUCAACUCCGGGGUGUUCAUUGCUGAUACGCCCGAGGCCUCCCCCUGGUCGGUAACCAAGGUUACAGACGGUCGGUUACCAAGCAAUGAGGGUCUGACGGCCUUCACCGAGUGGGUCAAGUCCCAAACGGGCCUUCCUAAGCACGACCACGCCAUGGGGUUCACAGGUUAUGACGUCAUCGGUAUGACGUCAGGCUCGGACAGUUCUGGUAUUGCAGGUCUGCGCGUACUUUGUACGAAGGACAGCACGUCAUUGGUGGAGGACAAGUUCAACUUCAUCACCAUGACAACGGCCUCGCACGAACUGGGUCACAGCCUGGGCGCUUUUCACGACGGCACGGGUAACACGUGCUCCAGCUCGGAUCACUACAUCAUGGCCUCCUCCAACAAUAUCGUGCUGGAUCCGGUCAUGGCCGGACACCCCUGGAGGUUCUCUCGCUGCUCCGUGGAGGCCUUCGUUGACUACAUAGGCUCUAUGGACAGGACGGGAACCAACUGCAUGUUAUCGACCGCGUUCCACUCGCAGGCGGCCACCACCAACCGCCCCAUGGCCCAGGCCUACGCGCCUGAUGCUACCUGCGUCAACAGGUUCGGUAGCGGAUCCUUCGUGUGCAGGUCACUUCAGGACUAUAGCGCCCUGUGUCGCUCCAUGUUCUGUAACCAGCCCAACACGACCCAGUGCUUCGCAGUCAUACCCGCCGAAGGGACCACGUGUGGCCAGGGCAAGUGGUGCGACCAGGGCGUGUGCGUGACGUCAUCAAGAGCGCCUACAGACGUCACUGACAACUGUCCAAUAGGCGACAGGCCGGGUCUGUUUGAAACGACCGGCAUGACAUGCGCCGAGUACAUCGCGUCUAACCCCGGGAACUGCUACAACAACUACACGCGAACAUCAUGCUGUGAAAGCUGCAACAAGAAAGAGAAACCGAAUCCAGAUUGCAGAUACGGUGAUCGCGGUACAUUUUGCUCCGGAAUCCAGCGCUACAGUUGCUAUAGCAACGAGAACUACUGUUGCGAAUCCUGUCUGAAACUGAAGAACAGCUCCUUAUCAGGUUGUGAGUACGGCGACAAGCUUACGGGUUGUGAUAAGACUUACUGCCCGUUUUACUCGGAUCAGGACCGAGUGGGAUGCUGCGAGACCUGUUACGACCCUUCCCGACCCACGAGCCCCGCCACCACCACCGUGGUUACCACCGCCACAUCUACCACCCUUAAGCCAACACCCGCACCUACCCCUUCCACAAAGGCAACAACACCACCACCAUCAACACCACCAACAACAACAACACCCUCAUCAACUCCACCACCACCAACAACAUCAUCAUCAACACAACCACCAACAAUAACUUCAUCAUCAACUCUACCACCAACAACGAAUACUACUACUGCUACUACAGCAAGUUCUACCAGUACCCAUUUCGCGUCCACACCACAUCAUACAAUUGAAAAGGUGACACCAGUGAUGACAUCAGAGGUUACCCCGGAGAGUAUGACGUCGACCACAGAAACCAAGACGAUUAGUCCGAAUAAAAUUGAACAAGAUAUCGUACCGGUGGCUAUACCGAUUGGUAUCGGAACGGCUGUGGGUAUCGCUAUCAUAAUAACCGUAUGUUGUGUGUGCCGGCGUUUGAGACACAUUCAUAAGAUUCAUAAGCAACAGAAACUUGCGGUCAACGACGGUUCCUAUGACAACAUUGGUUUCACGCGCCGUCAGCCCUCUACGCAAGAAACCAGUGUAGACCGUUUUCGGCCGACCAGCAACGCCUCCCAUGGGAGCACCUUCGCAAACGGAAGCUUAUUGUAUGCCGACGGAUAUAUGAUGCCGGCGCCGUCUGUGAUCAGCGAGAUGUCAGUGCAGUACACCGCCCCGAACAAAGCCGGCUUCCUUUCGACCCUGAAGAACGCCAAGCUCAUUCGCAACAGCCAAUCGCCAGGCUCAAUUCAGCCCCCACUUCCGGACGUCAGCAAGCGCGUCAGCCGACCAGUGCACUACAAGAGGGCCACGGGAAGCCUGACCGGGACGCUCAGCAAUCAGAGCCGGUCGGGGUCAGUCGAGGCCAAUGUACCUGAACCUGGGUUCAGCGGCGAGAUGAAGAGAAGGGACUCUGACACGUACGACAGUAUUGGCGACGUGCUAAAUAAUAUUCCAAAAGACCGACGACCUACUUUACCAGAAAAUCAUCCUCGUAACAUGAAUGAAAUGAUUAAACAGUUUGAACAUAUCCAGUCGUCUGAGGCAAAGUCAAAAUCAUUAUCGCACAUACAACACAAUUCACCGCGUGUUGGUACUUACAGCUUACCUCCGCUCUUAUCUGGGAGUAGUCAAAAUGAGUAUAAUAUGCCCGCGAGUCCAACGUCUACCACUGCACCAACGCCAAGUCCGCGCCACAAGACGGCCGCCUCCCACAGCCUCCCUCCCCCACCCACGCAAUACGACAACAACGCCUACUGCAAUGAUCCCGAGUAUGACGAUGCGGACCCUCCACCCAGGCGUGGAACAGUACACUUCGUAGACUCGCACGCUUCAGGCGAAUACCCUGACGGCCUAUUCAACGACUCGUAUUUGAUUUCGCAGCAAUUGGAGAGACCCACAACUCGGACCGCCACAACGGAGAAGAGUGCUGAACAAAAUGGUAUGCCAUCAAUAGGUAAAAACGAUUUAAAGGGUGUGCAUCUGCCACCAAAGAGACCAGUGCCGCGUCGUCAAUUAAGCAGCGAGUUACCUGGAAACACCGUUAAUGGUCUUCCACUAAAGCAAACAUUGAAAACGACGUCGGACAAUUUUGGUCAUGAUUCGGCUGACAAUGUAACAGACAGACAAUCAUCUGAGGGCCGUGGUGAAAUCAUGCCUCCACUGCCUCCGAACAAACCUGUCCCCAGGCGACAAUCAUCGCGUGGCAAGUCAAACACCUCAUCACCUUUAUCCGGUAAAGAAAACACAGAUAUAGCAUCAAAGCUGCCGCCGAAUAAGCCAGUGCCUAGACGUGUGUCUGGUGAACUUUCAAUUAUUGCUUCACCUUCAUCCGACGUGCUGCCACCGGAUACUUCAAACACACUUCAAUCCACUCCAAUACGACCAGUACUAAGAAGACAAAGAAGACAAUCUUCACCAGAUAAUUCAACUGUUGCCCCGUCUGCACAGGACCAGAAGGCAACAGAAACGUUUGGCAAAUCGGCUCUAGUUCCUCCAAGUAGACCAACGCCUAGACGACAAUCGUCAAGUGAGAGCUCGGGGAUCGCCGCGACUGCACCAAUUAUAACAUCCACCCAACCAGUGGUUAUGCCUGAUGGGCCUCUGAAGGCACUUCCAAAGUUACCCAUGCGACCGCCGAUUAAACCAGUUCCUAUUCUGCACUCCCCCAGUGAGAAUUCAAAUGACACGGAGUCAUUGUCGACUCAGGUAUCAAAUCAGACACCACAAUCACAAACAAUCGUCCAAGCACCUUCCUCUAGAUCAGAUGGCGAUUGCGUAAAGUCACAUCUUGUUAAAAUCCCACCACGCCCGCCAAAUGACGGCGUACCGCGUGGACAAACUUUGGGCGAAACUUCCAACCAGACACAAGAUGCUACAUCGGGGACCACUAAUCCCUAUCCUAAAUCCUCAUCCGUUCUCCAGUCAAGUGCUACUGAAGGCUGCCGACCCGAGUCCAACACUGCUCCUAAUCCACAAAGGCGGCCUUUACCGAGACGACAGUCGUCAAAUGCGCCAAAAGCGAUCAAGAUUAGUAAACCGGAUGUUUUUGAGAUAUAAAUAUCAGCUGUUAAACCCAGUAUACAUAGAUUUAGUUAUAUGUCAUAUGGGAAUAAUUAUUAGUUGCGAUAUGUUUAAUGAAUAUUCAUCACAAACGUUAUUGCCAGCUGUUUUUUAUUGUUCCUCAUGAAAACUUACAUAUCAUUGUGGCUAUAAUUGUUAUUGAUCUUACAUUUUGUAUUACGUUAUAUAUUUUUUUAUAAAUGUAAGUUAUAUGUUAUACGACAUAAAACUAUAUUUUGA